AUGGUUUGGCAUUUCUGGGUACCGUAUUUAACGUGCAUUAUCCUUAUCCUGAUUGUACAGGAAGGACAUUCUAAGCAGAGAUGUCUUGAUGAAGAGCCACCUCUGUACUCGAAGGAGGACAAUAUUCAUGUUGUGGUCGGUGCCAGUUUGAAAAAGAUUCUAGCUGAACCAGCCAUGGGAAAGUUGGUGCAGUUUCUGAACAGCUACUGCGGAAACUGCAGGAGAUUCGCACACACGUUUAGGAAAAUGGCUGUUGAUCUGCAGAAGUGGAACCGGGUACUCCGGAUAUAUGCGGUUGACUGUGCCCGUUUGGAAAAUGUGAAAUUGUGUCGAGAUUUUCGCAUAACGCUUACGCCAACAAUUCGCUAUUAUCCUUCAAAAUUUCAGAGAAUACGUCACGGAAUUGGCACAGAUAUUGAAACAACAAUUCCAUCUGAAAUCGCCGACCAGCUCAUCGAAAGUCUGUCCGAAAACGACUACAGUGAAAGCAAAGGUGUAAAGCCCAUCUUUGAUCCUAUAGAGCCCGGUAACAAGCUGAAUGAUAUCUACGAACAGUUCGACAACAAGGUAACAUACAUUUUGUUGGUCCAUCCAGUCGAUAUGGGCAUAGAAACGAUUCUCAACAUGCUUCCCUAUCCGGAUGUGGGGGUGCGGAUUAUCAAGGAUGCAGAAAUGUUCGCUCAAUUCGGACUGAAGCCGUGUAAACAAAUGGUAGCCCUACUAAAUAGAUCUGGUAAAGCCCAACUAAUCAAGCCUGCCGGUAAAAGUAGCUCUGCUUACGUGGAGAGCGUUGCUGGGCUUCUGCAUCAAAAUGGGCACACAAGUAUGCCCACAUUGCCACCUGCAGAACCCGAAUAUAUCCUUUCGGAAGGAUACGAUGCUUUUAUUGUGGACUAUGUGCUGAACUCAACAAAGGUGCUCUUUCAAGCCGACUUAGAGCAGGCCAUCUACCAAUUCCUGCAUGUUGAGAUCCCUAAAACGGCUUUUAUAAGUGGCUUUAAGUUUAAAGCUCUUCGUCAUAUAAUUCGCUUGUUUCGCCGCUUCAAUGUUCUUAACAGAGACGGGAGGCGAAUGCUGAACAGCCUAGUGAAUCACCUAUUUGAGGUUACUGAAAUUACGGGAGAGGAGUUCCGGGACGUAGUGGAUGAUCUGCAAACCAGGUUGGAUCCCAUCUUUGCGGAACAACAAUACGUCGGUUGCUUGGGUUCUACACCCCAUACUCGACGGUUUAGCUGCUCCUUGUGGACACUGUUUCAUUACUUCACCGUCUUGGCGGCCCAGAUGAAGGUAUAUCCGCCCAGCUCCGUGACAAUUGGACUUUACGGACUUGCCAAGUUCUUUUACGACUGCAAAGAUGGUUCCAUGUACUUUGUAAAACUGGCGAAGCGGAUGAAUAUUGCGAAAGUUAGAACCCAUGACGAGGAGAUCCUAUGGUUGUGGGAAGCCCAUAACGAGGUGAAUGAAAAACUAGCUGGAGACGCCUCUGGGGACCCACGGUUUCCUAAAGUCCAGUUUCCGGAGCGGAAGCAUUGCCCGGACUGCUAUACACAUUCAGGUGAAUUUGAUAGAGAUGAGGUGCUUAAAUACCUAAAACGCGUGUAUAAUUUAAGUUAUUUAAGCGGCGAUGCAGAACCACAUUCAAGAAGAUCAAAUGAAUGUAAAUCAAAGAAAAAAUAUUUACAGAAGUAAUUGUUAUUAUUAUUAUCCGCAUGAACCAAUUUUUACUUGCAUUUUUUCCGAUAUAUACACACACUUAAAAUAUAUAUGAAAUUCAUG